CCCCAAUCCGGAAGCCGCUCGCGGCCGGCUCCGCGCCUGAUCGCUGGGUGCAGCGCAGCUCAGCGCGGUGCAACGCGACUGCUUUUCUGCAGCUGAGCAGUUGGUGCUGGUCAGGACAACGAGGUGUGAGCAGGCUACUGAGUAGGCUGGUCCAUCAUGGCCGAGAAAGUGAACAACUUCCCACCAUUGCCCAAAUUCAUCCCGCUGAAGCCAUGUUUCUACCAAGACUUUGAGGCCGACAUCCCUCCUCAGCAUCUCAGCCUGACCAAGCGCCUCUACUACCUCUGGAUGUUGAACAGCGUCACGCUGGCCGUGAACCUGGUGGGCUGUCUCGCGUGGCUGAUCGGAGGCGGGGGAGCCACCAACUUUGGCCUCGCCUUUCUCUGGCUCAUCCUCUUCACACCUUGCUCCUACGUCUGCUGGUUUCGGCCCAUUUACAAGGCCUUCAAGACAGACAGUUCCUUCAGCUUCAUGGCAUUCUUCUUCACCUUCAUGGCCCAGUUGGUCAUUAGCAUCAUCCAGGCUGUGGGAAUUCCAGGCUGGGGUGUCUGUGGCUGGAUCGCCACCAUCUCCUUCUUCGGGACAAACAUUGGCUCAGCAGUGGUGAUGCUCAUCCCCACGGUCAUGUUCACAGUCGUGGCUGUCUUCUCCUUCAUCGCCCUUAGCAUGGUUCAUAAGUUCUACCGGGGCAGCGGAGGCAGUUUCAGCAAAGCUCAGGAGGAAUGGACCACCGGAGCAUGGAAGAACCCACACGUGCAGCAGGCAGCCCAGAAUGCAGCCAUGGGGGCUGCCCAGGGUGCCAUGAAUCAACCGCAGACUCAAUAUUCUGCCACCCCUAACUAUACGUACUCUAAUGAGAUGUGAGCCAGCCAAGCCCCUCCAGGAGGCAGGGCUGGGGCCAGCGGGACAGGGGGCUCAAUCCACAUCAUCUGUGUGGUGACCAAGCAGGGUUCCCCCUUCCUUUUCCUCCUCCCUGACUUUGUACAAAGAAUCAGAGUUAUAUAUAUAUAUAUAUAUAUAUAUAUGUAUAUGUAUGUAUAUGUAUAUGUCUUUCCCCUGCCCCCACCUUUUGGGUUCUGCUCUUGGCACUCCAAGAGCUGCAGACUGCACAAGAAGUGUGCACUGGUAGCUGAGUCCGUGUCCCCUUGUGAAAUAAUGUACAGUGGAGAUCUCUUGUUGUGGUGCUAGAUGUAUGAUUAGAACUAAACCAGCCCCCCAUCCACCAGGUUGCCCCCUCCGGCCCUGGCCCAGGGACUCCUCACAGGGCAGGAGGAGGCCUAGCAGACGGCCUGGCAUCCCAUGCAGAAUUAUGAGCCGAAGCUAUUUCUGCCUUUGGUCCCAUUGGGCAGCAACAGUAUUUAGCAUUCAUGAUGGUAGGUAGGUUCUGGGGGAUGGGACAGAUGAUGUUCCCUUGCUCCCUGUAGUCCUCCCCUUGUUUCUGCCUCACUGUUAGAUUCCUUGUGCUCUCUUCCCUAGCUGCCUCUCCCAGGAUCUUUUUCCUCCCCUGUGUAGCUUUGUCUUCCUAAGGCUGAGUGUCUCAGUUAUGUCUGCUUCUGAGACUGCCCAGAUCCCCAAGUCUGAUCUGCUUCCCAGUUCCAAGAGGCUGAUGUGGGCCCUGAGUUAGCCCUGAGGUGGAAGGGGCACACAGCUUGGAGAUGGAGAGCCCAUUUGGUACUGGACACACAAGAGAAUGGAAAUGCAGGGCUGGUCUCCGUAGUUCUGAAAGCCUGGCCUGCAGAGGCAGGCUUCUCCUUUUCCUUCUCCUGACUUCCCUCCCUUUCCCAGAGCCACCUUUAGCUGCUCUGCAUUUCCUGUAGAGCUGGGCUGUACAAGGCACUUGCCAAGUGUAAAGGCACUGCUGGAACAGCGAACAUGGAGCUCAUCAUUGGCCCCUGGGGGAGGUGUGGCUGGCCCCAGCCCACUAGGGCUUGUAGGUAUCUCAGAGUGAGCACUGGAUUCCUGGGAGGAGUAGCUGUUCUAUUUGAGUAAGAUAGAAAGGAUAGGGCUCAGAGGGCCAGGUCUGAAGGGAAUGGGAGAAGAGAAGUCAAAUAGGGCCUACUGAGAGGAUACCGCUCCUUUCCAGCCCGAUUGCCCUUGGUUCGGGGACAGAUUCUGUGGAGAUGCUCCCAGGCCCAGUUCAAGCUGCAAGCACAAUAUCCUGAAUAGGAUUCCUGGUUGGCAGGGAGGGAAGGAGGGACCGAAGGAGUACUCGGCCUUUAGUUUUUAGUUUUGUGGGGUUUUGCCAUUCUCUCCUUCUCUUCCAUUCAAGAGGACCACAGGACUUGAUUCCUGGCCUUCCCUUAGUUCUAUUAGAGCCCUCAUUCCUUUCAUGACUGAUCUUAGCUUCCUGGGACAGUCUGUUCCAAGCAGUGGGUGGACAUUGCCUGGUAGUGGAUUCAGCCCUGUGAGGCCUGAGGUGGGUAGGCCUUACCAAGGAGCAGCUGCCUGUUUCCCACCUCCUAACAGAAAUCCACCUGGGCUAGAUAGUCUGGAAAACCAGACCCUACUCAGCCAUUCCAGGUUGGUUUGCGGUGGAAUCUAAGACCUGGUACCAGGCCACUUUGAGCUAUGAUUUUCUUCUUCCUCCUUGUAAGAGAAACUAAGAGACUCUGGAAAAGUUCCCUUCCUAAUGACUCCUUAGGCUUAGUUGAUUCUCUACAGAUUUCUCUUUGGAGAGCAGUUGUUAUAGCCCUGGGUACCCUAAGAGAGUCUAGGGCUAUGCUCUUCUUCCCUUCCUCGGCUGUUGGCCGAGCAUCCACAAGCUGUUGGAUAUUGCCUCCAAUAAUAUUUCCCGUCCUUCCUGACUUUACUCUUUCCUGGCUCAGACCUAUUGGCCAUGCCUGGCGCUGCCCUUGGGAAAGCCUAUUCCCAGUGUCUGGCUGCUCAGGCCCUGGAAUGCUGCAUCUCCAGGCAACUAUGCACUUUCGUGAGGAAGGAACCAGGAUGAGAAAUGGGGCUGGGUACAGAUGGUUUGCUUUGGGAGUGGGAGGGCCCAGUUGGUUCUGGGGAUCCUCCUGUCUGUUGCCAACCAGUGACCUGCUUUUGCAUUCUCCUGGUAUCCAUUGCCCCUUGUUUCUGAGAGACACUAUUCCCUAGCUGGCAGUUGACCUGCCUGAGCCAGUGUGUCUAUCUGUGGUAACUGGAUGAACCAUAAUAAAGGGGAUCAUUUGACCCUGUC